ACAACACUUAAAUACUCGCACAAAUAAAAACAACAUUCGUUUUUCUUUCAGUUAAAAACUAAAAACUGUAGGCAGAUAGAGAAAAUGGAAAUGAGUUCCGUCAGCCAGGAAACUGAAACGGCCGCUUCGAGUGGUGAAUCAUCAUCAAUAUCGCCUGGCGAUUAUAUGAAGCAAUUCAAGAACAUCAUUGCGCCGGGAAACGAGACAUCCAUGACCAGAGAAUUCAAGCCUCAGGUGGCCUACGAAUUUGAACGAUACUCGAAUCCCCAACAACUGAAACAGUUUGUGCUGCGUAGCGAGAAGCUGCGCUCACUCCUCGAACAUUAUUCGCAGGAAACAAAACAGCCGCUGCGUCAGCUGGAGCAGCAGGCACGUGCCAUUAUCGAUGAGAUUGGACUGGAUCGGAAUAUGGCCAUCAUUCGUUGGUGUGGCAUUGCCAUCACAGCUAUUGGCAAACGCAUCUGCGAUGGCAUCUAUGUGAACUCAGAGAGCAUGGCCAAUGUGCGCAAGGAUAUGGGCAAGUGUCCAGUGCUUUAUUUGCCCAGCCAUCGCAGCUAUAUGGAUUUCAUAUUGAUGAGCUACAUUUGCUAUUACUACGACAUUGAGAUACCUGGAAUUGCGGCCGGCAUGGACUUUCACUCGAUGUUUGGCAUGGGAACCAUGCUUCGCAAAACGGGCGCCUUCUUCAUGCGACGCUCCUUCUCCAACGACGAGCUUUACUGGGACAUCUUCAGGGAGUACAUGUAUGCCCUCGUUGCCAACUAUCACAUCGGCGUGGAGUUCUUCAUCGAGGGUACACGCUCGCGCAACUUCAAAGCGUUAGUACCCAAGGUGGGGCUCUUGUCCAUGGCAUUGUUGCCCUAUUUCACUGGCGAGGUGCCUGACGUGAUGAUUGUGCCGGUUAGCGUCGCCUAUGAGCGUGUGCUCGAGGAGCAAUUGUUUGUCUAUGAGCUGCUGGGCGUGCCAAAACCCAAGGAGUCCACCAAGGGAUUCUUCAAGGCAUUGAAAAUCAUUGACGAACGCUUUGGCAAAAUGUUUCUGGACUUUGGUACUCCGAUUUCGGCGCGUGAGUUCUUUGGCCAUGAAAGCGGUGAUCGCAUUCAGCGUGCUGGUCUCGGUGGCUCGCUGCAGAAGCUGAAUCGUCAGGAGAUUGAGCUGGUCAAGCAGCUGGCCAAUGAGAUUAUCUAUCAACAGCAGCGUCGCAUCGUCAUCAGCACCUUUAAUAUGCUGAGUUUGUUCUAUGCCAGCAAACUCUAUGGUCAACUCAGCGUGAAUCUCGACGAACUGGCACGUGGUAUACUGCAUCUGAAGCGCAUCUUUGAGCAGCUGGGCGCCCAUGUCAGCACACGCAGCAGCAACAUCAAGUCUGACAUCAUUGAUGCCGUGGAGAUUCAUGGCAAUAUUUUGCAAUUCCGUGUGGGACGCUUGCAGUUUACGCCAUUGGCAGCUGAUCAGUUGGCGGCCAAGAUCGAUGUGAAACGGCUGAAGGCACACGCCCUGAGUCCUGAGACUAUGGCUGUGGCUGUGCCGAUGUUGGCGCUGCAACUCUAUGUGAAUCCCUGCAUGUUUUGGAUGGCACGUCCCGCUUAUCUGUUGCUCGCUGCAUUGAAGGAACAGCGACGUCAACAUAUGGAGGAUGUGGUUGGUACAUAUGAGAGCACGUUGUCGGCCCUGCAUAAUCAUGUGAACAGCAUGGAUGCACUGUUCCAACAUGAGUUUAUUGUUGAAUCGAAUCGCGAGGCAGUGGAAUUUGAAACGCAUUUGCAGUUGCUGCUAGAUGAACGCGCUCUGGAGCUGGAAAAGCAAACGGGCAGGAUUAGUGUGCAGGAUAACGAAUGUUCUCGCGUUAUACUUGCCGCGUUGGCGCCAUUCCUCUGCCUCUAUUAUCAGUUAGCAGUGACGAUUCGACAGUUGUCCGAAGAUGGGGAGUUUAGUUCGAAGGAGUUGCUGGUGCGAGUGCAACAGUAUGUGGAGAAAUUGUUGCAACAACCGGGCGGAGCGGCAGCUCAUGUGCAUCCAUAUUGUCUGGCCCUAGACAACCUGAAUAUUGCCAUUUAUGCGCUGGUGCAGAGCGGAUAUCUGCACAAAUCCCGCGAGACGGGUCUGAUGCGAGUCGCCUCAGCGACUUCAGACAAGUGCCUGAGGCAGCUGGAACUGCAACUGCUCGAGUAUUGCCAGCUGAUGCCAUUUGCCCAAUACUCGACGGCGGCCAACGAACAGGCCCAAUCACAUAUAGCCAAAUUAUAACUGACAAAUGGCAAGCGAUCGUCGGUCGUCGGUGGACGUCUGCCGAUUGCGAUUCCAUUGUUAGCACAGUACAAUUCAUAUGGCAUAUUAUCACAAUUCAUUCAAUUCAUUGUCAGCUUGCUCAAGAAUUGUCGCAUCAUUUGCAUUUUGUUUGUUUUUGUACUUGUGGCGCCGCUUUGGCAGCUGCUCCUCUGGCUCAUUGCAUCCACGUGCACGUCCACGUCCACGUAGGCAUCGCCAAUGGUCGUCGUAUGUAUGUAAGUAUAAAUAAGGGGAAGUGGUAACUUAUGGUGUGGUCGGGAGGGGCUUCUUUUUUAGUCAUUUAGCGAUUAAGAAUAAUUGAUAUUUUGCCCUGUUGCCAUAUGUCAAACAAAAAAAAAGACAUUUAACACAGUCAAUUGCAGUACGGCAACAAAUUACGAUUUUUCUAGAACGUAAUGCAGUUUUUUAGAUAGACAUCCCAACGACAUGCAUGGCAAGUUUUCUAUAUUCUUGAAUAUGUUUAAGCGAAUAUUGGAAUUUGACCGAAACCCUUGAACCAAUUUAUUUUAAUGCACCGUAUAUUGAAGAAAAAACAUUCUCUUCGGUAUUCAACAUUUCUCGAUCGGUUAUUGAGAUUCUAACACUUUUUAUUAUUUAGUCUUUUAGUUAGAAAUGCCAAGGGAAUUUGUUAAGCUGUCAAAUAAUUCUCUGGCUGGUUAGCAACAGCUUGCCAUAAACAGUUGUACAAUAUUGUGUCGAUAAUUGCAAUUUUAUAUAAUUGCACAUCUAAGUUAAUUUAAAUUUCUCUUAACCAGGGACAGUAAUUAUGAUGAUUUUAAAAUAAAAUAAAAGUUUAUUGCCGCACAUUUUGAAGACUUUAUAGUUUAAUUUUUUGUAACUCACAAUUACUAUUUGCGGUCUCUGCAAAUAAGUUGUAUUCAAUAUUUGUUCAUUUUAAAAUAUUGCCUAAUAAAUUAGAAGUCAUCCAUUGCUUUUAGUUACUACGCACAACAAAAAUAUUGUACAAUCUAUUUAUUAUACAAAGUUAUCUCAUAAAACUUCAACAAAAACAUUUUACGAUCAUUGUGACUGUCAAUUUUUGAGCCAAAGUGUUUAAAGUAGAAAUAAACCUAAAAAUAUUUAUCGUUAAAUUUUGCAUUGCAAAUAAUUGCAUCAUUUUAUGUAACAAACAUGACUUUGCCAUUAUCGACAUUAUACUGUACAAAACUUUCUGAAUUUCGAGCAGUAUUAGUUUAGAAAUCUGCGCUCAAUUUAAUUUAACACCUAUAUUUCUCUCAUUUAGAACAGUUCCUGUGUUUUAAUAUUCUCGUUACGGUUAUUCUAUGGAAAACCUUCAGUCGAUACAAGUGCCAAUAAGUUUGUACUUGGAAUUUUAUAUUAGCAAGAGUUCUAGUUGUAGUCCAUAGUUAAUAAGUCGGUACAUUCUCAAUAUUUUUAUAAUACAUUGAACAAACAGAGGGAAUUUCCUAAGUAAAACCGCAAAGAAAGCAGAACACACAAACACAAGUCUAGCAACAAAUGAAAAUAAAUAGUGCAAUAUUGUUUUUUGUUUACGUUUUUGUUUGUUUUUUAAUCGUACUAUUUUUGUAGCUAAUUUUAUAUAUGUAUACUAUAGAGAAAUAACACCAAUACACUAAUUUAUAUACAAUAUAUGAAGUAACAAACACUAAUAUUAACAAUAAUAAAGCAUAUGUAUAUUUAGUGCCAGUUGCGCUCAACGUGUAAAAUCAAUUGCAAUAAAAACUGAUAUUGUUGCUCA